AACUAUGUCCUCAACGGACUGAGUAACGAGUUGUACAAUGUGUAUAGCUCGGUUGGCUCUGCCAAGGAGCUUUGGGAUGCCUUGGAGAAGAAAUACAAAACUGAGGAUGCCGGGGCGAAGAAAUUCGUCGUCGGCAAAUUUCUGGAAUUCAAGAUGGUCGACACUAAGACCGUCGUGUCUCAAGUGCAAGAGUUCCAACUCAUCUUGCACGACAUUCAUGCUGAAGGGAUGUCUCUGAGCGAGUCAUUCCAA